AUGAAAGAGAAGGAGACAGAGCACAGCAAGAGACAGAUAGUGCAAGAAAAUGACCCUACAGCAUCCAGCCCAGCUCCUCCACCAGUAUUCUUCAUCGUUCCACAAGAUUCUUACAUCACAAAGAAGACUGUGGACUUAGAAUGCAAGGCUGGUCCUUCACCCAACGUCUACUUCAUCUGCAACGAUGAGAGAAUAGCCGAUUCCAGGACUCAUUCUCUGGGCACCUUCGAUGAAUACUAUGACAACAUCAGGCAUAUAGGAUUGUCCAUAACCAAAGAUGAGGUGACUGAGUACUUCGGUGAUGAGGAUUUCUGGUGCCUCUGUGAGGCCGCAGCUGAGCCGCAGCCAAUCAGGACAGACAAAGCCUAUAUCAGAGAAGCAUACCUGCGGAAGCAGUUCUUCCAGGAGCCUCUUGAUCACAGGGUACCCCUCCACGACAAGUUUCAUCUUCUCUGCCGGGCACCGGAAGGCGUCCCGGAACCAACCAUCCACUGGGAGAAGGACGGAGUGGUGAUCGACGACGAGCUCGUCCACUACGUGAUCACGUACGACGGGACCCUCAUCGUCAACGAAGCCACUCUGGCAGAUACCGGCAACUAUACGUGCUUUGCAACCAAUGCUGCAACUUUCAGGAAAACUACCCCAGCUCGCGUUAUUGUAUAUGAUGAUUCUAAUAAUGGAGCAUGGUCAACGUGGACGGAGUGGAGCACCUGUACAGGAGACUGUGAGGGAGGGACCAGGAGGAGGAUGAGAUACUGUACCAAUCCUGCACCUAUCAAUGACGGUGCUAACUGUGUGGGAAGUGCUUUCGAGACGGAAGACUGUUCAAUCGAUUGCCCAGCUGCAGCUAUCGGCUGGAGCGAAUGGAGCGUGUGGUCCCGCUGCACGGAAGACUGCGAGCAGAUCCGGACAAGGACCUGCACCAGGAGUUGUUCGGGUGCAUCGCAGCAACGGAGGAACUGCUCUGGAGGACUCUGUUUAAGUGAGCCAGCACUAGUUGAAGAUCCAGGAUUAAUUUCUCCUAGCGCUGUAGACACAUCGUCUCAAAAUCCGUCUGCUGGUAGCAAGAAUGGACUGUCCAAACAAAUACCAGUCUACAUAGGAAUUUCUCUCGCCAUUGUCCUCCUUGUCCUCAUCUUCCUCUUCAUCGCUAUCUACCUAGUAACCAGGAGGAAAAGGGGGAAUUCCCCUAGUUACACCACCACUUCUACCGACGACUGUAACCUGGCUAUGCUUACAGCACAACCACCAGACAUCACCACGCAGACCAUGCACUCAUCUCUGAGAUCCACCCACGUCAGCCUCCCGAACCACGAUGAGAAGAUACCCAUGUCCGGGACACCAACCCAUCCCCACCACCCUGACCUGACAGGAGGAAAGAUCCCGCACCAGCUCACUGUCCAGUUCUCGCCGAAAAAGGGAGGUACUAUCACACAGCUCGGAUGCCUGGGGUCAUCGGAUAUCUCGCAGUACUCGCUAACGAACGGAUCGCUGCAUUCACAUCCGCACUCUCGGUCGCUGUCACCGACGAAGAGCCACACGUACGUCCCUCUUGUAGGUCCAGGACAGGACAAGCACAUCUACGCCACGUUGAAUCCUCCAGAGCCUCCGCAGGAUCCUAGAUACUGUCAGACGCGCUGCUACGGUGACAUAGAGGACAAUGAUGGCUACAUCAUGGAGGAGGCAGAUGAGAACUAUAUGCUGCAGGGACAUUCUUCAGAGGAAAGUCUUGAACCUAAGUCUAUGUGUGACUCUGAUCCUGGUAGGACAAUGAUUAGCGGUGCUCUUGGGCUUCCAGUUCAUUCUGAUUAUAGCAUAGCAACGGGGCAUGUCGGAUCAAGAGGAGGAAGAUUAGUACUACCGGAUUCAGGUGUUAGUCUGAUGAUACCGGAAGGAGCCAUAGCUCGCGGUCAAACUGUUGAAAUCUACUUAGCCGUCUCACAUGAACUCAUGGACCGACCACACAUAGAACACAAUCAGACCUUACUCAGCCCGGUCAUACUGUGUGGACCGCCCUCUGUAGUCCUUGCCAAGUCAGUUGUUCUAGUCUUACCACACUGUGCUCAGAUGAGUAAGAAUGAUUGGAGGUUCUCUGUCAUUGCCAGCAGUACACAUCCAACAGAUGAUAAAUGCUGGGAGAAACAGACAACAGUCGGAGAGGAAACCAUAAACCUUCAAGUCUUCUGUCAAGUAGAUAGCCACCGAUCUUGCAUCGUUACGGAUCAGCUAGGAUGGUACGCCCUCAGUGGCGAGUCAAAGCCAGAGAGACAAUCCGCAAAGAGGUUGAAACUAUUAGCCUUUGGUCCAGCACUCCGUUCAACGUUAGAUUAUCAUAUCAAGGUUUACAUCUCAGAAGAUACCCCAGAUGCAUUAGAGCAUAUCUUGAAUGUUGAGAGAAGACUAGGAGGGCAGCUUCUCCAAGGUAGCUGCCAAUUUGAUUACCAUGACAACGGCAAUAAUCUUAGAUUGGAGAUCCAAAACAUAGUCCCUGGUUGGCAAUGCAAGCUGGCCAAGAACUGUCAAGAGAUUCCUUUCUACCAUGUUUGGAGCGGGACCUCUAACACGUUACACUGUUCCUUUGCGUUGGCUAAGACGGAGCCGGGUAUCGGACCAAUCGGCUGCAGGAUAGAGGUGACUCAGGGCACCUAUACAACCAGUAUGCAGGUCAUGGAGAGGACCAUAGAUGGGGUUUUAGUUGAGCAAGACUUGAGACUAAAUGGUUACAGCCCAAACCACAUGGUACCGCCUCAGAACGCCUUCCACCUGUCUAAACCAGUCAGAACCGCCUUGUGCCAAUGCCUUGAUAUCCCCCAGCCCAAGGGUAAUGACUGGAAACUUCUUGCAACCAAACUAGGUGUCGAUGGAUAUCUAAAUUUCUUUGGCAUCAAACCAAGUCCAACGGAUCAAAUCCUUGACAUGUGGGAAGCCAGGGACAGUGAGGAGGGAGCCCUCAUGAGGUUAGCAGGAGCAUUCCAGGAGAUGGGUAGACACGAUGCCGUCACGAUAGUCCAGAAACAGAUGGCUGCAUGGAUGUGACGUCUACCGCCCUGUGAUAGCAAAAGCGAUCCAAACUUUUAACUGACACUCUCUAAUUGGUGCUUACAUGGCAAUAGUCGUCUUUGUGAAGAGAUGGAUGUGUGGGGUGAUGGAAUGUUUUAGCAGCUAUGAAGGUUUGGUCCCCUAAUGGAACCAGGACCGUGCAGGGACCUGGUCCCAAUUUGGACCCGGAAUUGCACUCAUGACACAGCCUAAUAGAAAGAGGAUUCAGCAGAACACACCAUGCUAGUAUAAACACCUCUGUAUGACCUACUUGAGACAGAUAAGACCUGUGAUGAACAGUGAUUUGAAAAAUCUUUUCAUAGUCUUUGGCAAUUCUGAGGUGGUCUCAUACCCUGAAGCACUGCAAGGUCUUCAGUUAGUAUGCUGGUUUAGCAUUGGUAUCCUUCUACAUGAUUCAAAUCCGAGUCUUUCCCAAGACGUUGCACGCAUAAGGAAGGAAUCAUUUGUCAGCUCGCCUGCAUAUAGUCGCUCACUGAAUGCACAAUUCAUUUCAAUACUGCCUGCUUGCUUGUAUAACUAAUUCACAAACAUAUUUUCAUGCUACAGAAGGUCACAUGUGACCGAAACAUUUUGACUGUGAGAAAAGGGUGAUGACUGAAUAAGCCUCACCCCUCAAGUAUAUUAAUUCUUUGUUUGGGAUAGGUAACUUAUUUACAAUAUGAAGUACUUUUUAUAUUAGCGAUUCAAUUCAAUUAAUCAUUUCAAUCUACCAACAGAUACCAUUUGUGUAUUUAUUACAUAACUAAAUUUGGAAGCAAUGUCAAUGUAUGGAAUAUUCUGAUUGGUUAAUAAGGAUAUUAACAGAAUAAUCAAUAAGUUCAUUUUAUGGUAAAGCAAUGUUGGAAAUCAAAUGUGUGUGCAUUCAAGGAAAUAGGUUGAAUUUAUUGCUAUCUUUAACCUUUCAAAGGUCAAGUGUUUAUGACAAGAAACGUGUCCAGAUUGUUUUUAAGGAAAGGUUUUUGACAGGUAAUUUCAUGAGAAUCCACUAUUGGAAUUUAAAAUUGUUUUGCUGCAAUCAUUGAGGAUCUUAUAUAAAUAUAUGAAAAGAAUCAGCUAUCGUAUUCUUUGAAUGUAUAUAUUCUGUGGAAAGAAUAUAACGUGUUGGCCUAUUAUGUAAUACAGGGUUUUAGCCUGGUCAUGCUUUUAUAUCAUGUUAUUCUUGUCAAUGAGAUAAUAAAGAUAAUGAAUCCAAUCCAGUUUGAAUUUGUGCAUCCACUGAAAUCAUAUGGAACAUUCACUUACCAAACUGGUAAACUUUACCGGUUUC